AUGGUGUGUCUGAUAUUACUGCCGAUAAUGCUGGUGGAUGUGGGGAUGUGGAAGGGUGGACGGGCCCUGUUGGGCUUCGUAAGGGAGAGGUUUCCUCACUGCAGUCCAGGGGAAGGAACCCAGUACAGCCUGGUUGUUAACGAGUGUUAGUGAAGCUGUCACGUCCUCUCAGCAUCAGUGUGCUGCUCCUGAUGCCGUUCUGCUGUGGGGGAAAACGCUGCGUGUGAGAGAUUAGAGGAGCUUGAGAUUGGGAGAGACAGGGCGGCAUCUGUUUGUGUUCUAGGCACGUGCCAAGGGGUUUUAGCUUUACAUUUCUGUGGACGUGCUGGAGUGAUGCCCUGUGCCUGUGGGUGCAUUUACCAGGCAGCGUUUCCUGCUGUAGGUGGCUUUGCUGCCAGGUGAGAAUUCAGCAGAAAUAAAGUUUUCCAGAAAUCACUGACAGUAGAAGGGAAUUAAUACUGUAUUUUCAGUCAAAAAUUGUCUCUGUAGGUGCAGCAAGUGAGGGUGCAGAAAGCUCAGGUAAAACCUUGUUGUCCCCACUGGAUGUCAUGUGCUGCUUUUCAGGUUUACAUCUCCUAUGGUAAGGGCUGGUGGCAAAAUAAAACUACAUUGGCUGAUAUAGUUAACUACCUAUACCUUUAGUUACCUUAUCUGUCCUGCUUCCGUGGCAGCUACAUGGAAAGCAGCUCAUUCUUCAGUUGAUGAAUUUUCUGCUGUCCCUCACAUGGGGUGGCAGUUCUGGGAGAGAGAUGGGCUGUGUAAGUACUGCAUGGUGCUUAAAGCCGAAGAGGUAUUUGGUUUCCCUUGAGAGACCAGUUUUGCAAACCGUUGUCAGGUAAUUCUGAAGACAAGCCCUUCCUGGCUUCUUCCUAGCUUUUAUUCAAUUUUUCCCUUUUAUGCUGAUGAAAGCAUCAGAGCCAUCCUCUCAGUGCAAGCAGUUCAGGGUUGCAUUCUUGCUGAGUUACCCUUUGGCUGAGCCACAGAUACUGCUCUUUAGGAGAGCUUUUAAGAUUAAGCAGGAUGCAAGAUUUACUUCGGGGUAGUGAGGAUUUAUCAGUUCAGUGUAGAUGUAUUCUAGGAACAGUGUGAGCUGUGGGCUGCUGACAGAAGCAUAUUUUUUAAGCAUCCUCCAGAAAACUUUCUACCAGAUGGUAGUGUAAACCCGUAGGUGCACUCACUUUCAGCUUAUCAUUGAGUUUUCUUUGAUGUCUUUGAUCUGAAGUGUUUCCCUUUUAAAAUAGUUCUGCUGUUACUUUCCCUGAGCUGUUAAUUUGUAUCUUCCUGGUAACAGUCUCCUCUAUUAGAGGUACUAGGGACAGGCAGAAUGGAUAGUUGGCCUUGGUGAUCUGAAGGCUCUUUCCUAACUAAAUGAUUCUAUGAUUCGCAGCGUUUUUUAGAGCAAGUCUAGUGAUCCUAAGAGCUUUUCAUUUUUAAAUAGGCAGUUCAUUAGAAACAUUGUACUUAAAGCAGUAUUUUCUCAGCAUUAGAUUAUGUGGUUCUGUACCGUGGGCCCUGGGCUGAGCUGGCUGUUAAAUACGCGGUGAUCCGAGUGACUGCUUGAGUUCUGACCAUCUGAAGCUGAACCUGUAACCUGCAGAAGUAAUUGUAUUCAUUGUGAGAUAACUAAUUAUCCUGUGCUCCCGCAUUAGGACCUGGCUAUGCAGAAAGGUGUUACACUGUCCAUAAUCUGCUGUGCCAAGGUUGUCCUAAAAACCUUUCUUACAGUAAUAAGCACGGAAAUAAUUUCAGUAGGUAUUGGGCUGUCAGCGCCUGUCUGCUUUAUCUGAGACUGAUCUGCCUAUUUCUUUUGCAAGCCUUUUCCUUUCAGUUCUGCAGAUCUAAUUGCUGGUUUUGAUUUGCAGUGGUGAUAAGCUUCCACUCAAAAAAGCCUUGCUAAUUAUCAGAUGACACAUAAGUAGAAAUGGAAAUGUGGACACAGAAGAGAACAAAAGCAAAAAUGGUACCAGGAAAACACAUUAAUCUAAUGAGGUCAAAAGUGCCUAGAGAUGCAGCAGGCUUUGAGAAGAGCUUCAAACAGGAAUUGUCCUUUGAAGGAGAGUGGGCCUGAUGAAACCAAUGGGAGUUUCUUAAGCAACGUUACUGGGACAUGGCCAUGAGGAUAAGGGGGGCAGCUUGCAGAAAGGGUGGGCAGAAACCGGUGAGCUAUCCCAUCAUUGGAAGAUUCGCUUUGUAGAAGGCUGUGGGGGAACCUGAAGGCAUUUCAGCUAGAGCUGGGGCUGAAUAAACUUCAUGCUUCGAGUUUGCGGAGUCCGUGAUGCUGAGUUAAAUUUGAACAGGGACCAGAGCUGAAACUGAGCUCUGAGAACAAGACUACCAGAAAAUCCCAAAUUAAUUUUGGAAGCAGCUUUUGGGAUUUAGCAGACUACAGAACAUAACCACUUUGAAUUAUAGAAAGAAAAGAGUGGUGUGGCUGUUCUGAGGAAGGCCGAUAUCAGUUUUGGUGUUCUCAAUGCUCAGGAUUGCGAUACCCUUGCACAAUCGUUACAGUGAGCUGAGUAAGCAAACUCUGGAAAAUUAAGAAGUGAAGUCUUCUUACAAAAGGCCUGCAGCACGCAGACAAAGCAGACUGCCGUGGCACCUGACUUGUGGAAGGUAAAGCUUAAGGUGCUGCCCUUCUUCAGACAGAGCUGCCGUGUGUGAAGUGAAACUGUUCUAAAAGCCCAUCAGAAAGAGCCAGAAGUACUUUACAGGAAGCAGUGGGCACUGCUGUGCGCUGGAGAAGAAGUAGAAAAGUUCUUCCUUUAAGCAGCUCCUCCAGCUGCAUCCAGCUAUGUAAUGCUGCCCUGAAUGCCUGCAGUGCUCAGGUUUCAUGUGCGUCUGUGGCCGAGCGUGGCACCGGAUGUUGCUUCAACAUUUGUAAGCAAAACCUCAGCCCUUGCAGCCACAGGGCUCAGAUUUGAGAGAAGUUAGGUUUCUCAUAUUUCUGGGAGGUGUAAAAAUAGCACAAGCUUGUCUCACCCUCACCUUCUUCUGGGCCAGUGGGAACUGCAGGCUCUUGCUGGCAGUGACCACAGCACAGUCAAAUGUCUUCCUCCCUGCCUUUCCUUUGCUGCCUGUUGGGGCAUAGAACGGGGAUGACGGAGCGAGCAGGUAAAGAGCAAAGUGCUAUCAGAAGUGUGUGGCAUCCAUAGCCAAGAAAGUCUGAGGUGAAGGGGAAUCUGGUGCUAUGUGUGUAAAAGUGCUCAAAAAUAUCUCUGGAUUUCUGAGUCAGUGUUGAAAGAGUUCUGCACACGCUGGGAGCCCCUUCUUCCUACAUAACUUCUUUUGCAUUGCUUCUGCUCUCCAGAAGCAGCAUCGUUGCAACCCUACAUAGGUGAAAACAAAACCAGAAAAAUGAUGUUUGGGAUUUGUGGGGACUAAAUGCUCUGCAAAAGUUUAUUUUCAAGGCAUCAACAAGAAAAAAGUCAAGAUUGCUCAAGUUUUUAAAAAGCUGGAGGUUCGGAUUCAAACUUGUACUUAAUGCUACUAAAAUAGCCCAUUUCGAAGUGCACCUGUUGUCAGCCAUAGUUUCAUAGAAUUGUAGAAUGGCUUAGGUUGGAAGGGACCUCAAAGCCCAUCCAUCGCUACCCCCUGCUGUGGACGGGGCUGCCACCCCCCAGCUCAGGCUGCCCAGGGCCCCAUCCAACCUGGCCUUGUGCACCUCCAGGGAUGGGGCUCCACAGCUUCUCUGGGCAGCCUGUGCCAGUGCCUCACUGCCUCUGAGUAAAGAAUUCCUUCUUAACGUGUAACCUAAAGCUCCGCUCUUCUAGAUUAAAGCCAUCAAAACACAGUGAGAGGAGCAAAUAAAGGUGCUCAGAGGAGUGAAGCAAGACAAGAGCAGGGAAAGCAAAGGGAAAAAGCAUGACUCAGAAGACACCUGGGUGUGACUGCUGCCUCAGGAACAGUGAGGGCAUGGGGCUGGGCCCGAGGUCUGGCUUGGAAAGAUGGAUGGUGAUAGCUCCACGACGGAUGCUUCUCAGUUAGGAAUUGCUGGAGAUUACAUUGGUGGCAGUCACUACGUGAUACAGCCUCACGAUGACACAGAGGACAGCAUGAAUGAUCAUGAAGAUACGAAUGGAUCAAAAGAGAGUUUUAGAGAGCAAGAUAUCUAUCUUCCAAUUGCAAACGUGGCCAGGAUAAUGAAAAAUGCCAUACCCCAAACAGGAAAGAUUGCUAAGGAUGCAAAAGAAUGUGUGCAAGAGUGUGUAAGUGAAUUCAUCAGCUUUAUAACGUCAGAAGCAAGCGAGAGGUGUCACCAAGAGAAAAGGAAGACCAUCAAUGGAGAGGAUAUUCUCUUUGCCAUGUCUACCUUGGGAUUUGAUAGCUAUGUUGAGCCUUUGAAGUUAUACCUCCAAAAAUUCAGAGAGGCAAUGAAAGGAGAAAAGGGAAUUGGGGGAACAGUUACAACUGGAGAUGGUCUAAGUGAGGAGCUCACAGAAGAAGCAUUUACUAAUCAGUUGCCAGCAGGCUUAAUAACUACAGACGGCCAGCAGCAGAAUGUUAUGGUCUAUACAACAUCGUAUCAGCAGAUCUCCGGUGUUCAGCAAAUUCAGUUCUCAUGAUUUGAAGAAAACUUUGGAUCUGGGAACGUGAGACACAGAAGCUGUGCAACUCUAACGAAAAGACAGUUUUAAUGACUGGUGAAGAGAUUUCUCUCUUUGUAUAUUAAAUAGCUGUAAUGUAGCUACCUGAAGCUUGACUAAUUGAGGUAUGAAUUCUGACUCAAAUCUUUUUCAUGAAUAAUUUUAAAAAAAUUGGAUUUUAAAGGUAUUAAAGUAUUUUUGUUUUGUACAAGAGUUUGUUGCUCUGUAUAACUCCUGUAUGCAUUGUAUAUUGCAAUUUAUUACUGUCAGAGAUUUGUAGACAGUUUCUUAUUUUCAUAUUGAAUCAUGUUACUUUUGUAAUUCAGGUAAACAGCUGGGUUCAUUCAUGUUUACCCUUUGAAUAAAAUUGUAAGGGUAAAGUUCAUUUUUGAAUGCAAGUUGCCUUUAUUAUAAAGAUUGAGUUGGUCUUGGUUAUGUAACUUGUCUUGCAUGACAACCUCAGCUAACUUUAGAUGUCAUUAUAUUUAUUGAAAUUUUGAAAGGGACUUUUUCUCACGAAACUGCAGCUCAGAGGAAUUGCUACAACUGUUUUUUUUUUUUUGAUGUAACUUGAAACUUAGAAGUAAAUCAGAAACAAGCGAUGCUCUACUACGUUUAGAGAUUUAGAGCUUAUCAACAGUGUUAAUUAAAACACUGAUGGUGUAUGA